GAUUAUACUUUGUAAAUAAGUCCACAGAGUGUAGUGUAAUCUGAGGAAGUAGUGGAAUGUUAGCCUCCCAUCCCAUUGGUUGAGAUUAUUUAUCCAGAUGUUGGGAUUUUGCAUAAAAGAAAGGAGCUAUUGAAGCUGGUCCAUGUUUGAUGGUGAGAGGAACUAGCAAUGACAAUGGAAAGGAUCACGAAGGGAAUAUUUUUUCUCUUUCUUUUGAGUCUUCUAGCAACUUGUGCUGUGCGUGGAAUUUUUAUGGACAAACUUGCUACCAAGAAGCUCUGUGCUGAUGAAGAGUGUGUCUAUACGAUUUCCCUUGCUAAAGCUCAAGACGAUUAUAAUGCCCCUGACUGUAGGUUCAUUAACAUUAAAAAGGGGCAGCAGAUCUAUGUUUAUUCAAAACUAGUGAAGGAAAAUGAAGCUGGAGAAUUUUGGGCUGGAAGUGUAUAUGGUGAGCAUUAUGAGGAAGAAAUGGGAAUUGUAGGAUAUUUUCCCAGCAAUUUGGUCAAAGAGCAACAUGUCUACCAAGAGGCAACCAAAGAAAUUCCUACAACGGACAUCGACUUCUUCUGCGAGUAG